ACGCGUUCUGCGGGAAGUAGAAAAGAGAAAGAUUGGGCAUCCCCUUCCUCCCCUGUGUGAUCUGUACGUGAAGCAGAGAGCGCAAGUGUUUAACCUCAGACGCAAAAUGCGAGCUAGUUUAAUUUUAUGGCGUGGUCACUCAACAGUCUUUUUCACAUGUCUUUUUCUCGAGGUAGGUCUUCAGUGGAACUGUGGCGUGGUCCCUGAUUGGACCGAACGUUCUCAUCCAGUGAAUGGAGGAAGAAGAAAAGGCAGAGGUGGCGGGUAUCGCAUUGUUGACCUAAUUUCAAUUUGGUUUCGCAAUUAUAUACCGCUGGGGACGAGUCAGCAACAAGAUGAAUUUCUUUCGACACUUCCAAAUAUAAAUGUGAUAAAACCUCCAACUGGUUUAUUUCAAACAAUUGUUUGGUAACAACAUUGAGAUGAAAUCUUUAAGUUUACUCGAAGGCGAGACAGUGUCUGAGACGAAGACGUCUUCGUCUGUUUUUCCGCAGCUGCUUCUUCAGAAGGGGAAUUUGCAAGAUUCGGAGUUGCUCGUCGACCAAGUUAUCGUCGAUCCGAAGGAGUAUCCUGAUCUCACCGAUGGCUCGCUUGUUUACGUCUUCUCCGGUGGAAAGCCCGGCCGUCAUCGUUGGGUCAGCGACCAACUGCAUUCUUCCAC